UGUUCACUGCUAGGCUGCAACAAUGGAGACAGAACUAGUUUUUAUUUCUUUGAUUGUUUCUUCUCUCAUCUUCUUCCUCUACUUUGUGUUCAAACGCUCAAAAUCAUUUAACUUACCACCAGGGCCACAAAAGCUACCUCUGAUCGGAAAUGUACACCAGAUAGCAGGAACACUCCCACAUCGUGCUUUUCGAGACUUAGCACGAAAACAUGGCCCCAUUAUGCAUAUCCAACUCGGUCAAAUUUCAGCAGUUAUUAUUUCAUCACCUCGAUUAGCCCAAGAGGUACUCAAAACCAAUGAUAUUGCCCUUGCAGAUCGUCCCACCACUUUUGGGAGUGAGCUUGUGCUUUAUGGGAACACCGAUAUAGCUCUCGCCCCAUAUGGUGAGUACUGGAGGCAAAUGAAAAAGAUUGCCUCAUUGGAACUCCUUAGUGCCAAAAAAGUUCGAUCUUUCAGUCGAAUCAGAGAGCAAGAACUUGAUGGGUUCAUUGAGUUUCUCCGGUUAUCUUCAGGAAAACCGAUAAACUUACACAAAACUAUCACGGAACUCAUCAAUAAUGUUGUUUGCAUAGCUUCCUUUGGAAAAAAUUGUAAACAGCAACAUGCCCUACUAGAGUUCUUGGAUGAGUUUGCAAGAGUCAAUAGUGGGUUUCAUUUGGCGGAUCUGUUUCCUGAUUUUAAGUUUCUUUAUGUGGUUUCUGGACUGAGAUCGAAGUUAAUGAAGCUCCAUAAAACUCUUGACAAGAUCUUCGAUGACAUUUGGGAGGAGCAUGAAGGUAGAAAAAGAGAUGGUGGCGAUCAGGAUGAAGAUCUUCUAGAAGUUCUUCUUCGAAUCAAAGAGGAAGGAGGUCUUGAGUUCCCUAUCACGAACAACAACAUUAAAGCAAUUUUUGUGGACAUCUUUGCUGGAGGCACUGAUACAUCUUCCAUAACAAUUGGUUGGGCUAUGACAGAAAUUAUAAGACACCCGAAUGUGAUGGAGAAGUUACAGGCCGAAAUAAGAGAAGCUUUCAAGGGGAAGGGUAAAAUCAAGGAGUCAGACCUAAAUGGUUUGAGCUAUUUGCAGUCAGUAAUCAAGGAAACUCUACGGCUUCACCCCCCAAUCCCUUUAUUACUCCCACGAGUAUGUAGGGAGCAAUGUAAAAUUGGUGGUUACGAUAUACCAGUCAAAAUGAAAGUCUUUGUCAAUGGAUGGGCUUGCUCUACUGAUCCUGAAUACUGGGAGGAUGCUGAGAGCUUCAAGCCAGAGAGAUUUGAAAAUACUUCAGUUGACUUCAUGGGAACUAAUUAUCAUUUUAUCCCAUUUGGUUCUGGGAGGAGAAUGUGCCCAGGCAUAACGUUUGGUAUGGUAUCCGUGGAACUUCUCCUUGCUCAAAUGCUAUACAAUUUUGACUGGAAACUGCCUGAGGAAUUAAAUCCUACGGAUAUUGAUAUGUCAGAGACCGAAGGAUCAUUAGUAGCAAAAAAGGUUCCCUUACAUUUGAUUCCUACCUCUUAUACUCCUGGCAGUUAACAAAACCACUCUAAAGUUUUGAGAUACAGCACGCAGUAUGAGUUGAUUGAGUAGACUUUCAAUUUCUUUUU